AUGUAUUGGACGGUUCACACGUACGGUGGUCCUAGGCGGGUCAACCACGCAGCGGUCGCUAUUGGCACGAGCAUUUUCACGUUUGGUGGUUACUGCAGUGGUGUAGACUACAAAAAGUUCAAGCCGAUCGACAUACAUAUACUUGACACCGAAAAAUUGAAAUGGUGGAAACUGGAGCUAAAUAAUCAAGACUGCUCAUGUGUACCGUUCCAGAGGUAUGGCCACACAGCAAUUAAUCUUGGAUCUAAUAUUUAUCUGUGGGGUGGACGUAAUGAUAAUGGAGUUUGCAACACACUGUACUGUUUUAACACUGAAACUCUAAAAUGGACAACACCAAGUGUAUAUGGAAAUAAACCAGAGCCGAGAGAUGGCCAUUCCGCAUGUAUUAUUCAAAACUGCAUGUACAUAUUUGGCGGAUUUGAAGAACGUUCUGGUCUAUUUGCUUCAGAUUUGUAUAUGUUAAACUUACACUCCAUGGUAUGGAGUAUACUCAAAACAAAGGGACGUCCUCCAUCUUAUAGAGAUUUUCAUACUGCAACGGCUAUUGAUAAUAAAAUGUAUAUAUUUGGUGGCCGUAGUGAUUGGUCAGCACCAAGACAAACUGAUAACGAUAAAUAUUGUUCCGAUAUUUAUUAUUUAGACACCUCUAGAAGACAGUGGAUACGUCCAAAAGUCUAUGGUGUUAAACCCAUAGCACGGCGUAGCCAUUCUGCAUUUGUGUAUAAUGGCCUUUUUUAUAUCUUCGGUGGGUUUAACAAGAACAAGGACUUACAUUUUCAAGACAUAAAUCGAUAUGAUCCAGUGAGUUCCACCUGGAUGAAAAUAAUACCGAAGGGUACACCACCAUGUGCUAGAAGAAGACAGAUUUGUCAAUUAGUUAAUGACAGGAUAUUUAUAUCCGGCGGUACUAGUCCAAUUUUUCCCAAACCAGUAAUAAUUACGAGACUGCAGGAUUAUGAUCUGGGUGGACCAAUAAAUGUUACUUCGAAUCUCAAGGAUCAUGAUGACCUUCAUGUUUUAGAUAUGAAGCCCAGUCUAAAAGAUAUGUGUAUGGUGAAUGUGUGGGAGAAUAUGGAAGAAAUGAAAAUUGAUAAUAUAAGCGACCUACACAUUCCAUUAUCAUUAAAACAUGAUAUGACUGCCUUUGAUCCUUUUGAAAAAAUGGAAACCGAGAUCAACAUGAUGCAGUCAUAUGAGGAAAAUUUUCCUGUUCUUUCGUUCUAA